AGCUCUCCCUUCUUCAUACCAUACAACAGCAGUUUCUACAUAGUACAACGUUCCUGGCUCAGUUUACCCCUGGAUGACUCUCUCUGAGUUUGGAAUUCAAGACCGAUCUCACCCACCCUCCUCCCCCCUUUUUUUACAACGCCAUCAUUCCUUCACCACAAACUCCCCUUUGAGAAAAGUACAUUCAAGGAACGCGCAACCCUCCGCGUGUCUUGUUUACCGCCCCUUUCUUUUUCUUUUCUCGAUACCCGGGCAACUUCCGCCACGUUAUGGUAUCAAUUAUGUUAAUACUAUUUGCUUGGAUGGGAUUAUCCCGUUCCUCGAGUCUAGAACCUCUUGCAUAUUCCCUAAGUCCCUUCACACAAUCCUCUUUUACCUCCUAGCACAAACUCUCGCUUCACUCCUUUGUCUGCUUUUUGUUUCCCGAGCAGUUCUUGUAACUGAUGGACACCAACUGAGUGUCGUUUGCCGCAUUCAUGUCCCCUUUUGUCUCUAUUCUCGUCGCUCCUUCAAGUAAAUCGUUGCCUCGCUAACAACACAGGCCACUCCUUAUUUUCAUUUUAUUUUUCUGAAGUUUCGCGAUUCGCUCAUUCUAGAAAUACCCAGCAUCGUGUUAACAUAUCGACAUCAUGAGACCUACACUACUUUCUCUAAGUUUUCUUUCCCUCCUCGGCCUGUCGGCUGGGCAGCCGAGACAUCAACAUCUUCACCGGCAUAGGGCAAACAGAGCCCCUGUCGAGAAGAGGGAUAAAAUUACUGUUACUGAUGCCAAGUACAGUACAACGACUGAACUUCCCGAAGUCGUGGUCUAUGUAGACCAAAACAACAACCCGAUCCGCACCACCACUGAAACGGUUGUUUACGUCCCCCUGUCGGCAGAGACGGAUCAGACAUCGACUCCUACGGCCGAGAGUGUUCCACUGCCGACUAAGGGCGCGCAGGUAGAUAAGUCUACACCGUCUUCGUCGUAUCAGCAGGCUUCUCCCACUGCCGAACAGAACUCAUCCUCCGAAGUCACCUCAGCCGCCGACUCAUACCCGACCAGCUCAGCAUCGGCGUCCUCUUCAGCAGCUUCUCCAUCUGCAAGCAGCGGCGCUCUUCAUGGCGUCGCUUACUCUCCUUACAAAGGUAACGGAGAAUGCAAGACCGCAGACGAGGUUGAUGCGGACUUUGCGCUCAUAGCCAAGGACUACGGCGUCAUUCGCUUGUAUGGCGUUGAUUGCGACCAGGUUGCGACAGCGUAUGCGGCUGCUAAGAAGUAUGGAAAUAAGCUAUUCUUAGGUAUCUUCGACAUUAAUGCGGUCGAGGAUGGCGUAUCUACCAUGGCGUCCGGUGUUCAGAACGACUGGGAUAUUGUCGACACCGUCUCGGUAGGUAACGAACUAGUCAACGACGGUGGUGCAACUGUGGACCAGGUGCUCAGCGCAUUGAGCCAGACGCGCUCUCUAUUGAGAACCGCAGGAUAUGAAGGACCUGUCGUCAUUGUGGAUACGUUCGUCGCCGUUCUCGCCCAUCCCGAGCUCUGCGACCAGUCUGACUACUGCGCUGUUAACGUCCACCCCUUUUUCGACCCCAACACUGGUGCCGACGGAGCAGGCUCGUUUGUUACUUCCACCGUCAGUAACAUCCGCAGCAAGCUAUCCGAUUCGAGCAAGCGUAUUGUCGUGACGGAGACGGGUUGGCCCUGGCAAGGCGAAGCGAACGGCGCUGCCGUUCCGGGAAUGGACCAGCAGACGACCGCGCUCUCAUCCAUCAAGUCGGCCUACGCUUCUAACGCGAGCAACGUGAUCCUCUUCACGGCUUUCAACGACAUGUGGAAGAAGGCCGAGGCUUCCACUUUUAUGGCGGAGCAGUUCUGGGGUAUGGGAGGGCGAUAUUCGCCGUGCGACGAGUAGGACGGUCUCGUGGUGUAGAGCGACGGG